GACCUUGCUGUUUAUGCCUUUAUUAUUGCCUAUAAGGCUAAUAGAAAGCUAAAUAAUAAUAUUACUGCCUUAAUAGGGGUAAAUAAGCAUACUAUUAAUAUAAUAUAUAUAAGGGCUCUUAAGAGAGGCUUUAAUCCUAAUUCAAGGCCUAUAAAGAUAGAGGAUAAGCAUAUAAAGAAUAAGCUACAUUCUAGCAGGCCUUUAAAAUAA